GAAAACUGUCGGCGGAUAUUAACACUCAGUGUGCAGCUGCAGUGGGUGGUGACACUUUAUUUCAGACUCAAGGUCCAGAUAGAGAUCUAGAAUCUGAUUGGUUUGCAAACUAAACUUAAAUAUUUCCACAUUGUCAAGUCCAAGCAGGGUUUAAAAAAACAACAACCGCAACGUCGCUUCUGUGCGUUAUGGGCGUGCGUUCAAGCGUGUUCGGGAAGUCACCUGGCUGACGUCACGCAUGGACUGGAGCGUCCACAGCGCGCCGCCGUGGAACUGCAGUACGCGCCCAGUCUCAGUCUCACACACACACACCCACACACACGCGCGCAGAGAGAAAGAGAGAGAGAGAGAGAGGGAGAGAGAGAGCACGAAGGAGCGACCAGGACCGACCUGAACACUUCCUCAACCGCUUUCCGAGGUUUCAGGAGCCGGUGCACCGCGGGGACAGCGGGCCGAGAGCCGACGACUGUCCAGCUGAGCGGAACAGGUGAGCGGUCACCAUGGCACCCUUCCUGCGUAUCGCCUUCAAUGCGUAUGAUGUGGGCGUUCUGCCCGGUCUGUCCGAACCUCCCAUCUGCGCCAUCAAGAUGAAGGAGUCUGUCAACACAGAGCGAGGAAAGACCUUGGUCCAGAGGAAGCCCACCAUGUACCCAGCCUGGAAGUCCACCUUUGAUGCUCAUAUCCAUGAGGGGCGGGUCUUAGAAGUGGUCCUGAUGCUCAACGCUGAGGAGCCACUGGCCAAGGCCACGGUCGGGUUGUCUGUGCUGUCAGAACGCUGUAAGAAGUCCAAGACCAGCGGCCACACUGAGUUCUGGCUGGACCUGCUUCCGUCAGGGAAGGUCCAGAUGGCUGUCCAGUACUUCUUGGAGGAAACUGAUGCAGCCCAGUCUCAGCAAUCGGUCAAGGUUUCUAUGGAGGACGGAAUGACGACCCUCAACAGGAGGAGAGGAGCUGUCAAGCAGCCCAAAGUUCACGAGAUCAAGAACCACGAGUUCACCGCCACCUUCUUUAACCAACCCACCUUCUGUUCGGUCUGCAGAGAGUUUGUCUGGGGGCUCAACAAGCAAGGUUACAAGUGCAGACAAUGCAAUGUGGCUAUCCACAAGAGAUGCAUUGAAAAAAUCAUCGGCAGGUGCACUGGCACAGCAGCCAACAGUCGGGAGACAAUGUUCCAGAGAGAACGCUUCAAGAUCGAUAUGCCGCAUCGCUUCAAGACCCAUAACUACAGGAGCCCCACUUUCUGUGAGCACUGUGGCAGUCUGCUCUGGGGUCUCUACAAACAGGGCCUUAAAUGUGAAGACUGCGCCAUGAAUGUCCAUGCUAACUGUAAGAAAAAAGUGGCCAAUCUGUGUGGAAUCAACCAGAAACUACUGGCCGAGGCUCUGCUUCAAAUCAGCCAGAAAUCUGUGAAGAGGUCUGAUGACUCCAAUACAGAAGAUAUUGGGAUCUAUCAAGGCAUCAAUAGUGCAACAGUAGACCCUAGUGCCGACCGCAAGGAACACGAGGGCUCGGGUGCAGCCCCAGCCGCACCGACAGUUCCCCAGGUACGCCUCAACAUCAACCAACUGGUAUUCCACAAGGUGCUGGGAAAAGGCAGCUUCGGCAAGGUGCUUCUGGCAGAGCUGAAGGGGCAGGGCCAGUAUUUUGCCGUGAAGGUCCUGAAGAAGGAUGUUGUUCUCAUGGAUGACGACGUGGAGUGCACCAUGGUGGAGAAGAGAGUCCUGGCCCUCGCCUGGGAAAACCCCUUCCUCACCCACCUGUACUCCACCUUCCAGUCUAAAGAGCACCUCUUCUUUGUGAUGGAGUACCUGAAUGGAGGAGACUUGAUGUUCCACAUCCAAGACAAAGGCCGCUUCGAUCUCCUCAGAGCCACAUUCUAUGCCGCGGAGAUAAUAGUGGGACUGCAGUUUCUCCACUCAAGGGGAAUCAUCUACAGAGAUCUGAAGCUUGACAACGUGAUGCUGGACAAGGACGGACACAUCAAGAUAGCAGACUUUGGCAUGUGCAAAGAGCGUGUGUUUGGAGAAGUCCGAGCCACCACGUUUUGUGGGACACCAGACUACAUCGCGCCGGAGAUCCUGCUAGGACAGAAGUACACCUUCUCGGUAGACUGGUGGUCUUUCGGUGUGCUGGUGUACGAGAUGCUGAUCGGCCAGUCGCCUUUCCAGGGCGACGACGAGGAUGAGCUCUUUGAGUCCAUCAGGUCGGACACCCCCCAUUACCCCCGGUGGAUCACCAAGGAGGCCAAGAACCUCGUUGAACAGUUGUUUGAGCGAGAUCCCACUCGCAGGUUGGGUGUGGUGGGCAACGUCCGUGCCCACGCGUUCUUCAAAACCAUCAACUGGCCUGCACUGGAGAAGAGAGAGGUGGACCCACCCUUCAAGCCAAAAGUGAAAUCCGCCAGCGACUGCAGCAACUUUGACCGAGAGUUCCUGAGCGAGAAGCCGCGUCUCUCCCACGCGGACAAGAACCUCAUCGAUUCCAUGGACCAGGCGGCGUUCGCUGGCUUUUCCUUCAUCAACCCCAAACUGGAAAACAUGAUUACCAAAUGAAAAAAGCAAAAACAGCCUUUAAGUUCAAGGGGAUAAAUGACAAAAACAUGGAGGGAUUUGAGCUUGACUAUGACCUCUGUGGUUCCUCUGUCUGAUAACGAGAGAUGAAGUGAAUCCAGGAGGUAUGCUGGCGUCUAACGCAAUUAACUUGUCUCCGUUGUCAAACAUUAUAGCUGUAUAAAAUAAUAUAACGCUCCAGGGAAAUUAAGGGAGAUUUGCAUAAUCAAUGCUGGCGAAUGGGGACAGUCGGUGAUCCAAUCUUUUCCGUCAUUUUUCCUUGUGACGACACUCUGAAUCUAAAAUCGAAAGUACUGUAUUUGAAUUCACCGGAUUUAAGAGACUUCUGAAUCGAAUUAAUGUUAUUGCAGAACUGAAUAACUUACUCCAUCACUUACUGCACUGUCUUGAGAAUACAGAGUCUUAACAUAACCGGAGAAGCGUUAAUCUGUUUUAAAUGUUGUCAAGUAUUUGAAUAUGGCCUUGGUGUCCAUCAAACCUUAAGUUUGAUGUUGAACGACAAAAGCUAUUUGUGGUGCAGACGAUCGCUCAGCACUGUUUAUUGAUUUUCUGAGCUGUUAUGACAUGUUGGGCAAUAAUGUUGUGGAACUAAACCUGUAUAUGUGUUGAAGGAUGUGUUAAUUUGUGUGGGAAGUAUGGGCAUUCCUCUGUAAGCGUUAGGGUGUUAUGUUACUUAAAUGUGGGGAUUUUAAUAUGAAAAAAUAGUGCUAUAUAUGGGAAAUUAAUAUGUACAUUCCGAUGAGCUGCCUGUGAGUUAUGGUUCUUUUUUUUACUCCUCUUUUACAUCUGAUUAUAAAUAAACAUACCUAACAAACUCUUAAA